AUGGUAACGGACCUGACAGCGGAGGGCUUCAUCGCAGCAGAGGAACUCAGGAAUCUCUUCGACCAGGCAUCCAGCGAAUCGGCUGUCAUCAGGGAUCGGCUAUCAUCAGACGGGACACAGUGGAUAUUCAAUCCCCCUCACUCGCCACAUCUGGGAGGCAAGUGGGAGGCCGCUGUGAAGUCAACAAAACAUCACCUCAGGAGGACCAUCACCACCUCGACCUUGACGUACGAAGAAUUUACGACUCUUCUGAUUCAGGUCGAGGCCAUACUCAACUCUCGGCCACUCUGCCCACUCACCAACGACCCGCAAGACACCUCAGCCCUUACACCGGGGCACCUCAUCAUCGGAGAACCGCUCAUGACGGUUCCUGAACCAUCACUCCAGCAAAUCACCACGGACAGACUCAACAGGUGGCAAAUUAUCACCCAGAGGAUCCAAAACUUCUGGGAGCAUUGGGAACGAGAGUGCAUUCAUCGAUAUCAGCAAAUCUACCGGUGGAGACAGCCAACGAACGAAAUCAACAUUGGUUCGUUGGUCCUCAUCACGGACGAACGGGAGCCACCAGCUAAAUGGCCCCUCGCUCGAGUCAUCGAAAUUCAUCCAGGACAGGACAACCUGACAAGAGUUGUCACACUGAGGAAAGGGCAUCAGAAAAUGCAACGGGCUAUUCACAGACUAGUUCCAUUGCCCAUCAACGCAGACCUACUGGAGGAUCAACAGACCGAAUCACUGAAACUUAUCCGGGCCUACAUCGGCGCAUUUAUCGGGAUACCCAUCGGUAAAGUUAUCGAACCUCAUCCUGGCUUUGGUUCAACAUCCUUCGGCUUUAGCACUCCAGCCACCUCCAUUCCGACGCUUUUCGGCACUCCAGUAACACAAUCCACCGGUUUCAGCGCAACCACUGGGUUUGGCCCUCCAGCAGCCACAGGAUUUGGUGUUGCAACAAGUAGCACCAACACUUAUAGUACCUCAGGGUCGGCUUUCGGUUUUGGAGGUGGUUCAACCUUCGGAACAGCACCAUCAUCCUCAGCUACAGCAUUUGGUACAUUAGGAGUCCCGGUCACAACAAGCGCUGUAGGUUUUGCGGGAUUUGGGAAUUUUGGAGGAACGGCAACAACCACUCAAGCCCCGAGUCUCUUCAGUGGCUUUGGAUCAGCCAGCGCAGCAUCAACAGGAUUCGGAAACACAGGGUUUGGUGGAUUUGGAACUAAAUCAACAACCACAACAGCAACUACUGUAUUUGGGGGCUUCGGAGGGGCUUUAGGGACUUCGACCUUGGGGAAUUUUGGUGGGCCAUUAGCUCCGCCUCAAUUACAGCAACAACAUGUAUCUAAUGCAAUCUCUGAGGCUCUGUACAAUGCAGUUUUCAAUUGUCAAUUGUUCAAUGAUGAGAGAGAUAAUACAAUCGCAAGGUGGAACUUGAUUCAAGCUCUUUGGGGUACUGGUAAGGCUUAUUACUCUGCAAAUGCCAUUCCCAUUGAGCUCACACAGGAGAAUCCUCUUUGCAGGUUCAAGGCUAUCGGGUACAGCUGCCUGCCAAUUGCCGAUAAUAAUGACGGAUUAGUUGUCUUGUGUUUCAAUAAGAAAGAGCAGGAGUUAAAGGAUGGAAAGCAACAGUUGAUUAAUUCUAUUACUCAAAUCCUGGGAAAUAAACCCAAUUUAACUGUUACUGUUGAUAAUGUCAAGUCUAUUGGAGAGAUGAAAAGUCAAGCCGUGAUUUAUGUAUCUGAAAAAGGGGUUACUGGAUCUUCACGGAAAAUUCCAGCUAAUGAGCUUGUCGCGUACUUAUCUCAGAGUAUUCAAAAGCAACAGUUAACGCAGAUGGGGGUGGAGAACAUUUUUCCUCAGGUAAAACUGGACCCUUCGCAGCUAAAGGAGUAUAUGGAAAAUCCACCUUGCUCUAUCGAUCCAAGAUUAUGGAAGCAAGCGCAGUUGGAUAACCCCAAUGCUGAGAUAUAUAUUCCAGUGCCUAUGAUCGGGUUCCAGCAGGUAAAGUACAGGUUAAAGUGCCAAGAGAAAGAGACCGAUAAGCAUCGUGCGUUCUUGGAUAUGGCUGCAGAAAGGAUACAAGGGCUACAGAGACAGCAUACGGCCACUCAGGCAAAACUGAAGGAACAUAGGCGGACACUUUUGGAAUUGCAACAUCGGGUUCUUCAGGUGUUAGUGCGACAAGAAAUUACCAGAAAAGUUGGUCUCUCCCUUCAGCCAGAGGAAGAAAUAUUAACAAAUCGACUGGAAACGAUGCAUUCACAAAUCAGUGCACCCACACAAUUUAAAGGCAGAAUUAGUGAAAUGUUGUCACAUUUAAGAAUGAGAAAACACGUUGAUAUGCAGAGUCAAGAGAGAUAUUCUAUGGAUCCCAUUGUACAAGAUGAUAUCAAAGCUUACUUGAGUUUGCAACAACAAGGAAUGGCUCAGCUGAUUGACACAAUAAACACAGACAUGGAAAGUUUGAAAGUAAUCAAGGAUGGCAUGGCAGAUCUGCUGACAGGGCAUACUAUUUCCUGAAGGUUCAUCGAAACAAUUGCUCUUGUAACUCUUUCAUGAAAUGUCUUUCUGGAGUGGCCAUGGGAAAAUUCACUGUAAUGAAAUGAUACAAAGAAAAUAAAAACAAUGAAAAAAAGGGAUUAUAAUCGCCAAUCGAUACAAUUAUUAUGAAAUAAUGUGGGACUGCCUCAUAAAAUAAUUGGCCGUUUUAUGAUGAAAUAAAGGAUUACGUUUUCGUACA